CUCGCCAGGAAGCUGAGCAUUUUCGAAGCUGGACUGAUGAAAACUAUUGGCGUGACAAUGUCCGAACCCGCAGAAAGAGACACUUUAUGUUUUUUUGUCAACGGGAAAAAGGUGACUGAAGAGCACGUGGAUCCUGAGACCACGCUGUUGUCCUUCCUGAGGCAAAAGCUGAGGUUGACUGGAACCAAAUAUGGCUGCGGAGGAGGAGGCUGCGGUGCGUGCACCGUGAUGGUGUCACGCUAUCGAACUUCAAACAAAACCAUUGUUCAUUACUCGGCCAACGCCUGCCUGAUGCCACUCUGCCAGCUUCACGGUGCCGCCAUUACCACCGUCGAGGGCGUUGGGAGUACCAAGACCAGGAUCCACCCUGUCCAGGAGCGAAUAGCGAAGGCGCAUGGCUCCCAGUGCGGCUUCUGCACGCCAGGCAUGGUGAUGUCUAUGUACACCCUUCUGCGGAACACUCCUCAGCCCAGCCUAGAUGACAUCACCGAGGCGAUGGCCGGGAAUCUGUGCCGCUGCACUGGAUAUCGGCCCAUUGUUGACGGCUGCAGGACCUUCUGUCAAGAAGUCAACUGCUGCCAAGUCAACGGUGGGAAAAACUGCUGCAGCGAGGAAGAAAAAUAUGAUGAAACUCCAUUGCUGUUUGACAAGUUGGACUUUCUGCCACUGGACGCGACACAAGACCUGAUAUUUCCUCCGGAACUGAUUCUGAUGGCGGAAACUGACAGGCCGCAGACACUCACAUUUCGUGGGGAGAGAAUGACCUGGAAGUCCCCUGUUCUGCUAGAGGAGCUGGUCCAGCUCAAGACCAGCAACCCAAAGGCUCCACUGAUCAUGGGGAAUACUAAUUUAGGUCCGGAUAUGAAAUUCAAGGGCGUUACGCAUCCAUUGGUGAUAUCUUCCAUCCGAGUAUUGGAUCUCUUUGAGGUGACUGAGACGCCACAUGGUGUUUGGGUGGGAGCGGGCUACACCCUCUCUGAGACCCGGGCUAUUUUGAAUAAGUUUUGCUGCCAGUUUCCAGAGGAGAAGACAGAGCUGUUCAGAGCGCUCAUCAAGCAGCUAGGGAAUUUGGGAAGCCAGCAGAUCCGCAAUGUUGCUACUCUUGGAGGAAACAUUAUGAGUGCAUAUCCAAACUCUGACCUAAACCCAGUUUUUGCUGCCGGUAACUGCAGCGUGAGCGUCAUCAACAGUGAAGGAAAACGGGAGGUUCCACUCAAUCAGGACUUCUUUGUGAGCCUUGGGAAGACCAUCUUGAAGCCAGAGGAGAUUGUUGUCUCUGUGCUAAUCCCUUUCUCCAGAAAGGGAGAGUUUGUUCGAGCAUUCCGUCAGGCUCCAAGAAAGAAGAGUGCGUUUGCUACUGUGACCACUGGGAUGCGAGUGAUGUUCUCUAAAGGGUCCAGAAUAGUAGAAGAUAUCAGUAUUUACUACGGAGGUGUAGGCGCAACCACGGCCAGCGCCACCAAAACCUGUGCUGCCAUCAUUGCACGACCGUGGAAUGAUGAAACCCUCAACCAGGCUUACGACAUCCUCAUCAAAGAAUUUGACCUCCCACCUUCGAUUCCAGGAGGAAAAGCAGAGUUCCGUCGCUCUCUGACUCUCAGUUUCCUUUUCAAAUUCAAUCUAGAGAUCCUUCAGACCCUCAGAAAGAUGAACGUGAUUGAAGAGGAAGUCACGGAGAAGAUUGAGCCACUGCCCAGAGAGAUCCAGCGGAGCCAACAGGAGUUCCAUAAUGUCUCUGAGGGCCAGAGCGAACAUGACCCAGUGGGCCGACCCGUCAUGCAUCGAUCCGCCAUCAGCCAGGCCACUGGAGAGGCAGUUUACUGCGAUGAUCUCCCGACAAUUGAUGGCGAACAUUUCCUGGCUCUGGUCACCAGCUCAAAAGCACAUGCCAAGAUCAUAAGCGUGGAUGUGAGCAAUGCCCUACUACUUCCCGGUGUCAUUGACGUCAUCACGGCCAAAGAUAUUCCUGGGAAGAAAACCCGCAUCCUUUGUGGUUAUGAUGAAGACGUGCUUGCUGGGACACAGGUGUCAUGCAUCGGUCACAUAGUGUGUGCUGUCUUGGCGGACUCCAGAGUUCAUGCCAAAAGAGGUGCGUCAGCAGUGAAUAUCAGCUAUGAAGACUUGCCAGACCCCAUUUUUACUAUCGAGGACGCCAUUAAGCAGUCAUCCUUCUAUGAGCCACGAAGGAAGAUUGAGAGAGGAAAUGUGACAGAGGCCUUCAAGGGUGUCGAUCUGGUUCACGAAGGAGAGAUUCGUAUAGGCGGCCAGGAACAUUUCUACAUGGAGACCCAGAGCAUGUUGGUCGUACCAGUGGGAGAGGAAAGGGAGUUGAACGUUUAUGCGUCUUCUCAGUGGCCAACAGCACUUCAGAUAGCCGUUGCUGAAACGUUGGCCAUCCCGUCCAACCGAGUGAUCUGUCACGUCAAAAGAUUGGGCGGGGCAUUUGGAGGGAAGGUCGUAAAAACCAACAUACUUGCUUGUAUCACGUCUCUGGCUGCGUGGAAGAACAACUGUCCAGUCCGCUGUGUUCUGGAACGAGGUGAGGACAUGCUGAUCACUGGCGGACGUCAUCCUGUGCUGGGUAAAUACAAGGUUGGCUUCCAGAAAGAUGGAAGGAUCCUGGCGGCAGAUUUCCAGAUCUACACCAAUGCUGGCAAUGCAGUCGAUGAAUCAGUCUUUGUAGCAGAGAAGAUACUGCUUCACCUGGACAACUCCUACAACAUUCCAAAUCUGCGUGGCCGAGCUGCCGCCUGCAGAACCAACCUGCCCUCCAACACAGCCUUCAGAGGCUUCGGGGUGCCUCAAGGUGCUUGUAUUGUGGAGAACAUGAUACAUGAUGUGGGAAUGGCGCUACAGUUUCCUGUGGAUAAGAUUCAAGAGAUCAAUAUGUACAGAGGACCAUCACUCACCCACUACAAGAUGGAGUUCAGCCCAGAGAACUUACUGCGCUGCUGGGACGAAUGUAAAGUCAAGUCUGACUAUAAUGGCCGCUGCGAUGCUGUAGACAAGUUUAACCAGCAGAACCGCUGGAAGAAGAGAGGAAUAGCCAUUACCCCGAUUAAAUAUGGCAUCGGCUUUGCAGAAGGCUUCAUGAACCAAGGCGCCGCUCUGGUGAACAUCUAUGUAGAUGGCUCGGUUCUGGUGACUCAUGCUGGGACAGAGAUGGGUCAAGGAGUCCACACUAAAAUGCAACAGGUGGCCAGUCGUGAGCUUCACAUCCCCCCCUCAAAGGUCUACAUCAGUGAAACCAACACCAGCACUGUUCCUAACACCUUCCCCUCCGCCGCCUCCUAUGGCACAGACGCCAACGGCAUUGCCGUAAAGAAUGCUUGCCAGACUCUCUAUCAGCGACUGGUGCCAGUCCGACUGAAGAACCCCAAAGGAACAUGGGAGAAUUGGGUCUCUGAAGCCAUUAUGGAGAAGAUCAGUUUAUCUGCCACUGGAUACCACAGGGGUGCAGACUCUCACAUGGACUGGGACAAGAUGGAGGGCCGCCCCUACCCUUAUUUCACAUUCGGGGUCUGCUGUAGUGAGGUGGAGCUAGACUGCCUCACCGGUGACUACAUGACGGUGAGGACAGACAUUGUAGUGGACAUUGGCCAGAGUUUGAACCCGUCGGUGGACGUCGGCCAGAUUGAAGGUGCCUUCACGCAGGGUUUGGGUCUGUACACGCUGGAGGAGUUGAAGUUUUCUCCUUCUGGGCUUCUGUACACCCGAGGUCCAUCACAGUAUAAAAUACCCGCUGUUUGCGACAUGCCCCUCAGCUUCAAUGUCUAUCUCCUCUCGGACUCCUACAAUCCCCAUGCCGUCUACUCUUCCAAGGGUAUCGGGGAACCCGUCCUCUUCUUGGGCAGCUCAGUGUUCUUCGCCAUCAAACAUGCUAUUGCAGCAGCACGCAAAGAGGUCGGCCUAACGGGCUGUUUUUCUCUCAACAGCCCUGCUACUGCGGAGAGAAUUUGCCUCGCCUGCGCAGCCCCCUUUACCCAAAAGAUUCAAGCGAGCAAAACAGGAUCCGUCCAACAACCCUGGGCCCUAAACAUUUAAAACCCUCAGCUACCUGAAGUGACUAGACCAGGGGUCGGCAACCCAAAAUGUUGAAAGAGCCAUAUGGGUGAGGGCGGACCUACGUCACUUCCGCCCACCAAUCCCCUAGCAACCGGGAAUUUGUUGAAAACAAACCAGCUCACAGCGAACACAGCAUUGACAGAAAAAGCAUUUAACGAGUGUUGUGGCUUGGAAGUCGGCGUUAAAUCCUUCAUUUACGCAUUUCUACUUAUUCUCAUAUCGUGUGAAAAAACGAAAAUGUAUUAUUUGCGUCAGACUCGUCUCAGUGAACUUUAAAGCUUCUCAGGCUUAGCUUAGCUUGCUAGUUAGCGUAGCCUGCGCGCUACUAAGAAAGAGACGCGGAAGUUAUCAACAACAAGAUCAAGUGUUAGUGUAUAAAAUAUUGAGAUAUUUGAGGGCUACAUGUAUUGAAUGGCAACAUGAAAAUUAUAGGGUUUAUUGGUUUUUAAAAACCCAACUGUUAAGUGCAAAUUUAAACGAACCCGGUUUUCGAAAAUAGCUAGCUAGGCUAUAGACUAUAUAGUAUAUUACUUACUUAACUUAAUCCUCUUCUUCCCGGAUGGGAAAUAAGGCUUCGACGAGGCUGCUGUGCUCGUCUCUGUGCCUCGCCCCAUGUAAGCUUCAUCUCUUUCAGCUCCCCUUCAACUGUUCUUUGCCAGGUGUUCUUUGGCCGCCCUGGCUUACGUUUUCCCGGUGGUGUCCAUCUUAACGCUGCCUUUGGUAUCCUCUCGUUGUCCGGUUUUCGAAAAUAGCUAGCUAGGCUAUAGACUAUAUAGUAUAUACCGCAUGUUAUUUUUGUACAACUUCAGCUGUUGAACGUUAUAAGGUACAAAUUCAACAAGUACAACGUUAGCACGGACGGUAUAGCCAAGUUGUGGUUAAGAAGGUGGAUUUUUGUUCCUUAUAUUUACCAGAAACGAAGUGAUCCGAACACACGACCCGGGACUUUGGGGGACUCCAGUGAGAACCGUCCUCGUUUUCCCGGUGUAAAGCUGCGAGCCAUUUGUCUCGUCUCUGUGGGCUUUUAUCACGCUUUGGCAGAACAAAAUACAACCUUUCUUUUCCCUGUUUCCAGUUGUGGUUAGCACAACCAAAAACAACAGUUUUUCGGCAUUUUGGAAGCAGAAUGACGGGUUUAACCAGCGUAGGUCGACAGGUUAAAGAGUAAUGGCAACGGUUUGUUUUCAACGCCAGUCUGGUUGCUAUGGCUCGAAGAACCCGUAUGUAGCUCAGUUGCCCGGAUGUCGGCCCUCACCCAUUGGACCAAAAAUACAAAAACAAAUCUGUCUGGAGCCGCAAAAAAUUAAAAGCCAUAUUACAUACAGAUAGUGUGUCAUGAGAUAUACAUUUAAUUAAGAGGACUUAAAGGAAACUAAAUGAGCUCAAAUAUAGCUACAAAUGAAGCAUAAUGAUGCAAUAUGUACAUACAGCUAGCCUAAAUAGCAUGUUAGCAUCGAUUAGCUUGCAGUCAUGCAGUGACCAAAUAUGUCUGAUUAGCACUCCACACAAGUCAAUAACAUCAACAAAACUCACCUUUGUGCAUUCACGCACAGCGUUAAAAGUUUGGUGGACAAAAUGAGACAGAAAAAGUGGCAUAAAACAUUUCCUAGAAAGUCGGAGAAAGUUAUACAUGUAAACAAACUACGGUGAGUUCAAGGACCGCCAAAAUUAGUAGGACAAAACGGCGCUCGCCAAAUACUCGAAUCAGUGAAGCAUGUUUAAUACAUGUCAGCUCCCACCAUCAGUGUAUGAAUGUGUGUGUGAAUGGGUGAAUGUGGAAAUAGUGUCAAAGCGCUUUGAGUUCCUUAAAAAGGUAGAAAAGCGCUAUACAAGUACAACCCAUUUACCAUUUAAUAUAAACAGUGUGCUUUAUAACAAUGAGGGAGGUUUGUGUCAUGUUUGUCCUCCUACAGAAACCAUAUUAACACAAAAAAAAAUUGUUUCCGCUCAUCUUUUUCCAUUUUUCAUACAUUUUUGAAAAAUCUCCAUAGAGCCACUAGGGCGGCGCUAAAGAGCCGCAUGCGGGUUGCCGACCCCCGGACUACACCAUUGUUUUAUGAGCAAAUUGUUAACUCUCUGGUGAUUUACAGUAACAAUGAUUCUGCUUGCUUUUUAGAAUAAUUGUGUGUACACUGCAAAAAGUCAGUGUUCAAAAACAAGAAAAGAAAAAAAAAAAGAGGGGUAUUUUAUUUAAACUAAGCAAAAUUAUCUGCCAAUGGAACAAGCAAAUGUGGCUUGUCAAGACUUUCCAAAACAAGUAAAAUUAGCUAACCUCAAUGAACCCAAAAAAAUACCUUAAAAUAAGUAUAUUCUCACUAAUAACAAGUGCACUUUUCUUGGUCGAAAAAAAAGACCUUUUUGCUCAAUAUGUUGAAAAAUAUUCUUAAAUGAAGUAAAUGCUAGUGCCAUUAUCUUGACAUAAUGAUAUGCGCUCUGCAUCAUGAUUUAUUUUUUUUCAUGCUUGAAGUAAGAAUUUAUUACUUUAAAAAAGUAGUUUUAUACUUGUGAGUGUUGAUGACACAGCUUUGCAACAGUUGAUAUGUUUUACUCAAUAUAGGUCAUCAAAUCUCAGCAACAAGCUGUAAUAUCUUACUGAGAUCAUUAAAACACUUAAAACAAGUAAAACACUCUAACAUAAAAUCUGCUUAGUGAAAAUAAUUAUCUUAUCUGACAGAAAAUAAGCAAAUAUCACCCUUAUUUGAGAUAUUUCAUCUUACUUAGAUUUCAGUUUUUGCAGUGUAAGUUAUCACACAACUCUUAUGCUUAAAGGCCGUUGCUAUAGUUAUCAUCAAUUGUGCUGAAGUUGUACUUUUCUAUCUGUGCAAAAGGACAACUUGCAAUCCAAAGAUUGCGAGUCGUCUCGUAUCGGUGUUUGUGUCCAGAACAUCGAGUACCGUGACGCAGACAAAGCAGAGACAGGGCGAUAUCACGAGUGUCAGCACAUUUGCAUUUCUGAAUAAUCAUAUAUUGUGUCCAAAUGGGGCUGCUGAAAUUACCCCCCUUCCUUCAGAAGCAGCCUCAGUGAUGUAACCAGGGACCUCCCAAAUAAAUAGAGGAGCACGUGGGACUGGACCUUAGAGCGUGGUGGUAGAUUGUAACUGAGUGUGCAGCCCCAGACGUCUCUCCUCAUUGAGCCAAAUUUAACUCUGUCUCUGCAUGAUUCCUUGCUUCUUGUCUGUUUAAUAGAUGUCAUCAGUGUUUGAACCUGAC